UGGGAUAUCAAUGGCGGCGUAAAUGAUCUUAGUUGAUCUUAGGCGCCGCUAGUGUUUAAAAACUGAACCAAACACAAAUUCAUUACAUAAGCUCAUGCAAAUAUAAUGAUAAAAUAUAUUGUUAUGGGAUUACGUGGCUUCUUUGUUCUAGCGGCCAAAAUAUGGAGUUUUGUCUGUUAUAUAUUCAAGCGUCAAGUGCGACAAGUGAUUCAACAUCAAACAGUCAAGUACGAUGUCAUUUCUCUGUCCCCACUCUCCAAACACAGACUUAGUAUGAUGAAAAGAAAAGUUCUAGUUCUAGACUUGGAUGAAACAUUGAUUCACUCACACCAUGAUGGUGUUCUACGACAAGUGAAACCAGGAACUCCGCCAGAUUUUGUUUUAAAGGUUACUAUAGAUCGGCAUCCAGUCAGAUUCUUUGUGCAUAAAAGACCACAUGUUGAUUUCUUCCUAGAAGUGGUUAGUCAGUGGUAUGAAUUGGUUGUUUUUACUGCCAGCAUGGAGAUAUACGGCGCCGCAGUCGCCGACAAACUAGAUGGUGGUAAAAAUGUACUCAGGCGGCGCUAUUACAGGCAGCAUUGUAAUUUGGACAUGGGAAGUUACACAAAAGAUUUAUCAGCAAUUAAUCCAGACCUUUCUAGCAUUUUUAUAUUGGACAAUUCACCAGUAGCUUAUAGGAUGUUUCCAGAUAAUGCUAUCCCCAUUAAGUCAUGGUUCAGUGAUGCCAGAGAUACAGCCUUGCUAUGUCUGCUCCCCAUGUUAGAUGCGCUACGUUUCUGUAACGAUGUCAGAUCUGUUCUGGGAAGAAACCUUCAUUUAACAAGGACCUGGUAGCACCUCUCAUCACUUUUCAUUGGGUCACAACAGCAUCCAACCUCUGUGCUGAUGUAUCUUCAUGCCACCAUUAUCAGCGCUGAUUUUAUUUUUUUCAUCUCGGCUGUCCUAGCAAAGAAAUUGAGAGUGAUGUGCCCCAUACGUUUUAAGCAACAUCUUAGGUUAUUUGAGCACAUUUGAUGUAAAUGCUACCGAUUGACUGAUGUAUAUAGAUUAGUUUUAAUUCUGUUACCAGAACAUGGCUUUGUUCUUAUUUAUUUCUUAUGAAACAUCUGUCUUGUUCUCUUGCUAAAUAUAUUUGUAUAGAAUGUCAGUGAGACACAUUUAUAUACAGGAGAUACACUGCUAGUUUUUACCAGUUAUUAAUUAGUACAUUUUUUUACCAGUUAGAAAUGGUAGUAGAAAUCUAAAGACUUGAGGUUAUAAUUCUUUGUGUAUGUUCUGCAAGUCAAACUCAUUUAUUCUUUUACCUUUCUGCCUUAACUCCAUCUCAUGUGUUAUAGACAUAAGCCAUUCAAACAUAUGAAAACGACUGCAGGGAAAGUGGUGUAGUGUGAGGCCAAUUGUUUAUCAACUGUACAUAACCUGGAGAUAUCCUCUGUACUGUAAACAUUUUAUUUUUUUUCCUAUAGAGCUAUUACUCGUAGGUUUUCCCCAUUUUUUUUUAUCUUUAUCCAUUUUUUUCUUCAACAAUAAUCUCUGUCAUUUGCUUUUCGUCUGUGAUUUUCUUUUAACUUUUAAAAAUGUUUCCCCUAUGUUGGUAGUUGAUUUCACUUCUCAUUCAUUCAUUCCUCAUUAACACCUGUUUCAUUAAUUAAGGCUAAUUAUAAAUUAAUUCACGCAUCCCGUUUGUUCAUUAGUCAUUCAAACGUGCCAUUAUUUACAUGUGUUUCAUUUAUUAGACAUUCAGAUAGAUAACAAAUACUUACACCUUUUUUCUCCCAAACUGUCCUUAUUGAAAUGAAAAAAAAAAACCUUUUAAAACUUAACCAUCCUAGUUAGCUGGAUUAAUCUUACUGUUGAAUGUAGUAUGUAAAAAAUGUUGUCCUUGAUUUGAAGCCAGAUGUAUGUUGAAAUAGUUUAGAAUUUAUCUAAAUGCCCAUUUGUAUUUAAAGUUGAUAAUUGCAACAAAAGCCAAAUAUAUCUGAAGAUGAUAGUUGUAAGUAGCAGAAAAUGAGAAUCUGAUGUUAGUGAACUAGAAAAGGAAGUCAGAUUUAUCUGAAGUUGAAAACUGAAAAACGCAAGUCAGCAGUUUAUAUGAAAAUUCAAUUGUAUGAUGAAAGAAAAUGCAAGUGUUGCAUUAGUCAGUUGGGUGAUCAUUAGUCAGUUGGGUGAUCGAAGAUGCUUAAAAAAAAAUGAACUGUGUGUUUUAAUGAUUAGGUUCAAAUAACAAUUUAAUUGUUGGCUUGAAAUUUUGUUGUGAAUGUACACAACUUGAGUGCAGAUUUUGGUUACAAACUGAAAUAUUUUAAAUUUUAUAAAAAAAAAUAUUUUAAGCUUUCAUAUCAAAAGGGUAGUUACAUUUUAACAUGUCUUACAAAUGUGAUUUUUGAGAUGCGCUUUGUUGAUGAUUUACUGAUACAAAUAACUUUGUUGCCAGUAAGAUUGUCUUAUUCUGUAUUUAAAUCACUUACAAAGCAUAAUGAAAGGUUAAGUUCUUCUUGCAAUAUAUCAUAUGAUUUUUUUAAAAAUCCUGACAUGGCCGUUUUUAGUCUUCCAAGAGGAAAUAACUUUUGUUGUACUUUUUUUAAAUUGUCAGGGCCAUGUUAUUUCCCUUGUCUUAAUUUUUAAAUUUAAAAUGCACAUCUUAUGGCUAUGUCACCAUUGAUUUUUAUUAUAAAUGUUUAUAUAUAUUUUUAUAUUUUUUUUUAGAAAGCAAAAAUUUUCCCUCAUUACUUGAAUGUUAUGUUGUAAGCAAGUGAUUUUUAUACAGGAAAAGCUAGUUUCUCCAAUUGAAAAACUGUAGAGCAAAUUGUAGAAGGGGAGGUAAUGUGAAGAUGCUAGUUUAAAGAACAUAGAAAGGAAUUAUUCUUGCUCUUAUAUCUUUAUUUUAAUAUGUACAUACAUCUACAUAUUUUGUUCAACCAAAAAAUUCUCUGUGUGUGUUGACAUGAUUGAAUUAUUGUGUAUAAUAAAUUAAUUUGUUGAAAAAAGUAAAUAAUAAUUAAUGUGAAAAUUUAA